AGUUCAACACAUGUGUCAAUCCAGGUGAAACAACAGCUGUCAAAUUUAAUUAAAAUACCCUGAUGGCAUUAAAAACUCGACCGGGGACUUGCCCUGCCCCUAUUUUUACGGACAGGGCAUCCUAGUUGGAAUCGGGAGGUUAUCCGAAGCCCCGGGUUGAGGGCCUUGUUGAAGAAACGCAGCCGGGGGCUGGAGUAAGCAGUGUUUCAGGUCGGAGUCGUGAUAUGGCGGACGAUAGGCAUUAUGCUGACGAAGGGCUUGGUCUUCUAGAAGGGGAGUUUACGGGGGACCAUAACGUUGAAGACCCUGAGUUGGAGGCCAUCAAAGCCAGGGUUCGUGAAAUGGAGGAAGAAGCAGAGAAACUGAAAGAAGUACAGUAUGAAACUGAGAAACAUCUGAUAAUGAGCCCGCAGGCAAGUGGUAAGUCUGAUACACCGCCACUACCAGUCAAGAUCCCAAACUACCAGCGUCGAUGUGGUAACAUUAUACUUGAAGUAGGAUGCAAAACGCUUUCAUAAAACGAGAUAAGUCUAACUUGAUUAUUAUUAUUAUUGCUUUUUUUUUUUAGUAGAGGGAGGUGGUACACCCUGAUGCAUCUAAUAUAUUGAGUGUGUGUGUAGUUUUUUUUUUUUUUUUCCCCUCCCCCCCCUGAUCUAACUGGAGGUAGUCAUUUUCCUCUGGCUAGAUCGUUUGUUUAAAAGCUAGACA